AUGCUGUUGAAUAGCUAUAGAAUAUCUCGAUUUUCGACAAGUUUUCAACUUCUCAAAGAAACUUUUCACACACGAAAGCAAAAAGAAGCGAAGAAAAAGAAAAAAAAUGGGGGAGUUUCUCAAAAGUUUCUGGAUAAAGCAAUUCUUUGGCCAACUUUGUUGAAAGCUGAGACUUCUGAACAAAUGGGAAGAUUGAAUGAGAUGUUGAAAAAUGAAGAAGAUUGGGGAUCAAUUGAGAGAAGAGGACUGUGUUUAGCGAAUUUGGAAUUGACAAGAAUUGGACAUGAUUUUGUAUCAGGAAGAAAUGUUGAUCUAAAAAUGAUUGGGAAACGAGGAAUGCAUCAGAAAUGGAUUCGACCAUUGACACCAAUCAAUAUUUCAAGAAUUGAUGAACAAAAUAAAUUGACAAAAAUCAGUGAUGGGCACAUUAUUUCAACUAAUGGUUACAAUAUAAAAUGUUCAAUUUAUGAGAAGGAAAAAGAUGUUGAUUUAGGGCAAAAUUAUUUGAUUUUACCCUCUUCGAAUUCACCAAUUAUUACAUCAUUGAAAACAAUUGCAGAGUUAGUUUUUCUGAAUUAUUUUGUACAUAAAUAAUAACAAAUUGUCUUCAGGGAACCUGAGAAACUUUCGGAUGAUUCAAAACAUCUUAUCAAUCUAACAUAUCGUGCAACUCUUAUGCCCUCUCUUCACGAUAGAAAGAUCAAAUCUCUGGCUGAAACUUUGAAUUCAAGUCAAAUUGCAGCAAUUUCAGCAGUGAUGAAUUCUCAAAGAAAUCUAUUAUGUAUUCAAGGACCACCGGGAACUGGAAAAACUCGAGUUAUUGCUGAAAGUGUUUUGAAAUUAAUUGAAAAGAAGAAUCGAGUUGUGAUUUGUGCUCCGAGCCACGUGGCAGUUAAAAAUGUUUAUGAGGCAACAUUGAGAAGAUUGAAAGAAGAAGGAUGGGAUGAGGAAAGAAUUGAGAAGAAGUUGUUGUCGAUUUCAGAAGGUUAUGAAGAUCGAUUGGAGGAACAUCAGAAUUAUCCGGUUAUUGUGGAACAUUCGAAAAUGUUUGUGAGUUUUAAGUUGAUUUUGGGAACAAGCCAGAUUUUAUCUAACAAAAACCCAUGAAAUCACCCGCUUUAGAAAUUUUUUGAAAAGCGGAACAUAUCGAUUUAGCACAAGUUCUCCCGACAGAAACUCACAUAAAUCAUUAUUUCUUUGCAUUUUUCCUAUGGUUUGAUUUUCUUUGUUCCGUGAAGCUAAAAAUGCCGAUUGGGGGAAAAUAGAAAAAAUUAGCCACGUCUCAAAAACUCGGUCACGCCAGAUAAUAUUUUUUUUUAGUUUUUCUUUGGAAAAGGGUGACUCAAAACAGUGCAUUGAGAAAUCUCACCUAAAAACUCGCAGGAUCCACUAAUCAAUAUUAAAUAUCCCAAUUUCAGUUCAACGAAAACGACGAGUUGACCAAAAACAAGAUCAAAAAGUACAUCAACAAAUUGAAAGAAGAAUCAUAUUCGGACAUUUUCGGCGAAAAACUCGCAAUUUUUUCAACGUUGCAUAGCUCAAUUUUGAAACGCCUAAAAUGGUAUGGAUUUGAUGGUUCAACAAUUAUAAUUGAUGAAGCUGCACAAUGUAGUGAACCUGUCACAUGGAUUCCUAUUUUAUCAAUGAGAAAAUGUAAGAAAGUUGUGUUGGUUGGAGAUCAUAAACAAUUACCAGCAGUGGUUAUGGCAGAUGAGUAAGUUUACGAUCUUUAAAAUAUUUAAAAAAAAAAUUUGAAUUUAGGUCUCGAAAGCAUAAAUUGGAAGUUUCAUUGAUGCAAAGACUUACAGAAGAAUUCAAAGGAUGUAAUUUGAAUAUAUUAUUGAAUCAACAACAUCGAAUGAAUUCGAAAAUAAUGGAAUGGUCAAAUGAAUUAUUUUAUGAUUCACAAUUGACAUCACAUGAAAAUGUUGAAAAUAUUCGAUUAUCAGAUUUGUAUCCUAAUUUAUCUAUCGAUAAUCCUAUAAAUUCACCGAUUUUGAUGAUUGAUAUGGAUCGAAUUGAGAAUCGGACGAGGGAGACAAGAGAUGAAUCGGUUUCGUCGUUUGUUAAUCGAGGUUAGUCUUGAAAAUAAAUAAUAUAAGUUCUAAAACUUUUCUAAAUGAAACCAAACUAAAAUUGUGAGAUUUUGAUUAUACAAUUAUACUGUUCAAGUUCUCAAAAACUCAAAUUUUUGCAGAAGAACUCGAGAUAAUAAAUCGAUAUGUGAAUCGUUUGAUCUACGAUGUUGGUGUCGAUGCAGAAAAAAUCGUAGUAAUUUCACCAUAUUAUGCACAAAAUGAAGAAUUACGAAAACUUCUUCCAAAUAAUGUCAACGUCAAAACAGUUGACGCAUUUCAAGGAAAUGAAAGUGAAAUUGUAAUAUUUUGUCUAGUUCGAGAUAACAAAAAUGAAACAAUUGGAUUUCUUCGAGAUACACGUCGAUUAAAUGUGGCAAUUACUCGAGCAAAACGACAAUUUAUAUUGAUUGGAAGUGCAAAAAUGAUGAAAUCAAAUAAAGAUUUGAAGAAAUUAUGUCGAUUUUUUGAAAAGGAGAAUUCUAUUUACGGGGAAGAGAUUUUCAAUCAUUUUGAUGAUGUAAAACUACCUAAAAAUAUUGGAAAAUACAGGUAUUAA